AGGGAAAUGGGGGAAUAUUCAUGCGCGUUGUGCAAGAAGAGGGCGAUGAUGCUGUGCGACUCGGACCAGGCUAAGCUAUGCUGGGAGUGCGACGAGAAAGUUCACAGCGCGAAUUUCUUGGUGGCUAAGCAUUCGCGUGUGCUUCUCUGUCGUUUAUGCCAUUCCCCGACUCCGUGGAAGGCCUCCGGCACCAAACUCAUGCUCACGGUGUCGUUUUGUCAGCGUUGCGUCGCGCAUCGACACGUGAGCUUAACCGUGCAUCCAUAUCCAUCAUAUGGAUAUCAAUCUAGUAAUAAUAAUGAUGAUGUUGACCUCGAUGUUGAUGAUGGUAUCGAUGAUUCGGAUGAAAGGGAAAGUCAUCAAGUCAUGUCUAGUUCUGCCACCUCACCAUUCAAGCGACUAAGAAAUAACUCUUUUUCUGUCGAUUCCAAUGACGAGACAGUGAGUUCUUCAUCUGAGAUGUUUAGUGCUACAUGGCCCGAUGAUGAUGAAUCAACAACUUCUCUCUCCGUAUUGAAGAGGCACCGAGAUGAUCAACCAAAUUAUUGACCCAAAUCAGAAAAUCUGAACCUUUCGUUGAAUUACAGACUAUACUAAGUGCUAACUCCCAUUUUAUAUGGAAAUUACCUAGUUUAUAGUCAUCUUCAAUUUAAGGUAGACUUAGUUUCGUUUUCCUGUUCAAUUUUGUACUCAAUCCCGUUCAUAAUAACUCUGUACUUCGCAUUUCAUGAUGUAUAUGGAGGUUGUAUAUAUUUCAAAUUCUUA